CCUGUGAAUUGCAAUGCAGUGGGCGCCAGGCUAGCGCAUGGGGCUGUCAGAAGCCCUUGGGGUGUGGGUGCUACCACGGAGCGGGUACUGUGUCGUCACCCUCAUGUUACAGUAAAGGAAACCGUGGCGCCGAGGCCAGGUGCUACGAUUGGUGAUGAGGGGGACUGAAGCCCGCUUCCUUGUGGCGUGAGCCGUGGGAGGACAGGCACUGCCAGAUCCGCGGGCUCAACACCGCACCCCAGACUUGCCAGGCUGCUCUCACUGGGGGCCCGUCUCCCACCCACCCCACCGUGGGCCGCCCUGGCUGCCCUUGCGGCCCUCUCCCCUCUCGCCUGCACCCUCCGCUCCUCUCUGGCCUGGUUGUCACGGUUUGCCUUCCCCCACGUCUCCCUGGGGCCCUGCUCUUGGGGUCGCAAUGACCCAGGUCCCAGCACAAGGCUACCCUGAUUCCCGCCCCACCAGCUGUUGCUCGCUGCCCUGGGCUCAGCCUCUGGCAGCAGUGCAGCUCCUGAACCCCGCGGGCUGGCCCUUCAUGGCCCCCACAGCCCUCCUGCCAUGUCCUGUGGCCUCCUUCCCACCUGCGGUCUGCCAGCACUCAGCCCUCCCCUAUAGGUCCCUGCUCUUUGCCCCUGCGGCCCAGGCGUGGGAGAGGGAUGGUCACCGGGCACCUGGACCUCCUCACUGCUCCCAUACCCUUCUCUGGGCUGGGCACGGGCCUCCCUCCUCUCCCACUCUUCUGGAGCUCCUGCCCCCCAGGCCUGCCUCAUGCAGGUUCUGUGGCCCCAGCAGGCUACUUCCCCAAGGCACACAGAUGGCUUUCCAGCCCACCGGCUGCUUGUCACGCCCUUGGGACCUCAGCCCUGGCCAGACCGGUCCAGACCGGUCCCCUCAAUCCUCAGGUCUCCCAAGUGUGCAGCCUCUUGGUUUCUCAAGAUUGGCCAGGCCUGGCUGACCCCAGGGCCUUUGCACUUGCUGCUGCUUCAGGCUUGCAUGCUUUCCCUCACUUCCUCCCCACACUGUUCAGCCAGCCUGAGGCCGCCGGCUUACCCCACGUAAGCAGGGAAUCAGUCUCAACUCCGUGCUCUGCUUCUCCCCUGCAGCACGUGCCUGACCUGACGUGGUCUGUCUCCUUCUGUGGGGCUCCAUGUCCCUGAGGGCGAGGGGUUUGUCUGUUUUGCUCACUGUUGCGUCCCAGCAAACGUGGACACCCCAAGAAGGACGACCCAGGAGCGAGCGCAGGACGUGAAGCCAGGCCUGGACAUCCUGCAGAAAAGGGUCUUGGGCGGGGGGUUCGUGGCCCCCCUUCCACUCGCCCUCAGCACUGUGAGCAUUCCCGCCACUGGGCCCCCCUGUGUGAUGUCAUGGGCUUGUGUGACGUCACAGUGGACAGGGCGGGCUUGCAGUCGGCUCCAGUCUCCACUGGUGGGAGCCCUGGAGGGAGGAGGUGCCGGUUUCUUGUUUGAUCCAAAGUUGUCCCCUUGGAGUGUAACAGGGCUACGCGGCUGAGGGGGCUUGGCUGGGGACAUGGUCGCCGGGUUCCCUUGACCCUCUCGUCUGCCCUUCGACUGCUACAAUGCGAUAUGCACCAGAGUUCAAAAAGUCCCCCUCGCAUCUGCUGAAGAAAUUUGCAGUGUGCGACAUUCCUCUGUACGACAUCUGUGACUACAACAUCACCAGGGACCGCUGCAAGGAGCUCGGCUGCUGCUUUUAUAAGAGCGUAUGCUACGAGAAAGCCGUCCCCGUCUAUGUGCAGGUGUUCUCUGUCUUGAUCGUGAUCAUCGCCGGGGCCUUCAUCAUCACUAUCAUUUACAGAGUCGUUCAAGAGAACAGGAGAGAAAAGGAAGUGCCCACGGACGUACCUCUUUCUCCUAAGUCCAGCGAGAAAGCAGAGGCAGCCCCAUCCGGCGGGCAGGUGGCCUCCCAGCCCGCGAGUAUGGAGCCACUGAGCAAGAGUGAGAGCAUCAGGGGGGGGAAUGCUUCCUUGACAAUAAUGGAAGAGGAAGAGACUGAGGACUGAGGGCAUGCCGAAGCCCGAGUGAAGAUCGGCAGAGACGCCCACCGAACGGGCCCGGCCGGUGGGCCGCCGUGAAGUGUGUGAUGGAAAGAGCCACAAUGAGGGAACAGUAAAGGUAUUUUCAGUG